AUGAAGACCGCUAGUGACUCUGAAUCGGGAACUCAGACAAGACACCUCUCCAAGCUGGUGCCAAAUUCCAAAUGGGGGCUUUUGAUAAUUGCCUGGAUCACUGCUAUUGCCAACCCAACUUCAGGAGGGUAUGAGGCCUCAAUGAUGGGAACGGUCGUCGGACUGGACAUUUAUGUUGAUUACUUUGGCCUCACCACCUCCAACAGUGGUCUCAAUAAUGCCUCCAUUUUCAUGGGUGCUUUUGCCAUUAUCCCGUUCGUACAAGUUCUCGCAGACAAAUACGGCCGCCGCUUUUGUAUUUUUUUCGCAACCACCUUCAUGGUCAUUGGAGUCAUAGUCCAGUCUACAUCCCACAAGUAUGCUCAAUUCAUUGUCGGCCGUGUUAUUGCUGGUGUGGGAAACUGCCUGAUGAAUGCUACAGCACCCGCGCUGGUAUCGGAAAUAGUUGCCGAGGAAAUUCGUGGUGCCGUGGUCGGAACGUUCCAUAGUUGUUUCUAUGUUGGAUCUCUGAUAGCAGCUGGUGUCACCUAUGGUACCCGCAACAUCGAUAGCAAUUGGUGCUGGAGGGCACCAAUGGUGGUUCAGUUGGCUCCCGCGUUACUGUGUUACAUAUGUCUUGCCUUUGUACCCGAGUCUCCAAGAUGGCUGGUUUCCAAGGGAAGAGAGACCGAGGCAAAGGAGAUCUGGGAUAUUGUCUACGAACAUGAUGAAUUGAGAGUAGAAAGAGUAUUAGGAGAGGUCUACGAGUCUCUCCAUGCCGAAACUACCAUCUACAAUGAUGCCAACAUUUGGAAAGAGUUGGUGUCUUCCAAAGCCAAUCUGAGGCGUCUUUUCAUCAUGCUUUCAUUGGCUUGGUGUGGUGAACUUUCUGGAAGCUCGGUUGCAACUUACUACAUUACCACCAUUUUGGAGCAGGCUGGAGUGACUGACGUCAACACCCAGUUACAAAUCGCCAUCAUCAGAAGUGCUUUCUGUCUAGUGUGUGCUGGUUUUGGAUGCUAUACCUUUGAUAUUAUUGGUAGAAGAAUCCAGGCUCUGAUCUCCAUGGGUGGUGAAGUUGUGUGCUUGCUUAUUCUGGGUGGACUUGUCAAACAGUUUGGGGGUAGCACCAACACGUCUGGACAAUACGGUGCUGUGGCUAUGAUGUUCAUCUUCAGUGGAUUCUAUUCCUACUGUUUCACACCACUGCUGUGUUUGUAUCCUUCAGAGAUAUUUCCGAAUAGGACGAGAGCCGCAGGUUUGGCGUUCUUCCAGUUUGCAGACUACGGAUGCGCCCUUUUCACUACCUUCAUUCUUCCUAUUGCAAUGAGCAAUUUGGGCUGGAAAUUCUACAUCCUGAACGGCAGUUACAACAUAGUCUUUUUACCGUGCAUCUACUUUUUUUGGGCUGAGACCAGGGGCUUGCAAUUGGAGAUGGUUGCGGAUCUGUUUGGCGAUGGAGUGGAUCGUGUUCACGAAAUCGAGGGUGAUCACACGGCUUCUGGAAGCGUCGAAGUGAUCGACGUUGCAAACGAGCUCAAGGCGUGA